AUGUCUAUUUCAGACCGUCGAAUGAACGCGAUUAAACUCAACAACGCAGCUCAGCGCUAUGGACUUCAGUACUCAUGGCUUGAAGUGCCGUACACCGCACCUAAUGGAGUAAUCGUACACGAAGCACAGCUAUUCGUUUUUGGCUAUAUAUUCGUCGGGAGGGACCGUAAGAGGGGAGUUGCCCGAGACCACGCGGCCGCUGCGUUCUUCCAGGCAUUCCCUCAGUAUUUGUCCUCACAACCAAUGUUUCCCAACGCUUAUCUUCAUGGACACUUUUGA